CGACAAAAAAGAACGCGUUUUAUGCAGAGUGUAGACUGUAGUGAAUGUUCAACAAGCCACAAUAAAUAAAGUACGCGGCGGAUUACCUUCGACGGUGAUCAUCCCAUACUCUGCCUCUCAUCCCCCAUUCUACACCUUUUUGUUGCCAUUCUUUGACAAAAAGGGUGGUCUUUGGUCGGCCACCAUUCGAACAGGAUAUGCCAAAACCUCAUGCUUUCUGAGCCUGCCCUCACCUCAACCUACUCCCGUUGCCAUCUUCCUCAUAUUUCCUAGUUGUGUAGAUAUCACUCGUUACCGCUACUGAUGAGGAUUUCACUCUUUUCAUGGCUUAUACCAGUUUUCUUUAGCAUCAGUGUUGUUUUGGUUUCUGGCCAAUGUCAAAGCGAUCAGAGACAGUUGUUGCUCGAAUUGAAAAGCAGCUUCAAUUCUGCUUCUUUAGGAAAGUUGGUGAAUUGGAAUCAAACCACGGAUUGCUGUUCUUGGGAUGGUGUAAGUUGCGAAGCCGAUGGUCGGGUUAUUGGCCUUGACUUGAGCAACCACUUAAUUUCUGGUACAAUCAACAAAUCAAGUAGUCUUUUCCGUCUUCAGCAUCUGCAGCGACUCAAUUUGGCUCACAACAGACUCAUCUUUGCUUUUCCCUCCGAGUUUGACAAGUUUGCAAAUUUGAAUUAUCUUAAUUUGUCAAAUUCUGGCUUUAAAGGGCAAAUUCCAGCUGAGAUUUCACGCAUGACAAGUUUGGUUACUCUUGACUUAUCUACAAAUUUUUAUCUUGGACAGUCCUUGAAACUUGAGAAGCCAAACCUAAAGAUGCUUGUUGGAAAUCUCACGAGGUUAAGAUUUCUCCAUCUUGAUGGCGUAAAUAUAUCAGCUAGUGGAAAAGAGUGGUGUCAGGCCUUAUCGUCACUGACCAAUUUGCAAGUGUUGAGCAUGUCCAACUGUUAUCUUUCAGGACCUAUAGAUUCCUCCUUUUCCAAUCUUCGGUCUCUCUCAGUAAUCCGCUUGGACAGCAAUAAUUUGUCUGCUCCACUUCCAAAAUUCUUUGCAGAUUUUCGAAAUUUAACUUCCCUUCGUCUUAGUGCUACUGACCUGACUGGAAGAGUCCCGGAAGAAGUCCUCCAUGCAACUACAUUACAGACUCUCGAUUUGUCCUACAACAAAUUACUCAAAGGUUCAUUUCAAGAUUUUCCUCUGAAUACAUCUCUUCAGACAUUGGUACUUAGUGACACAAAUAUAGGUGGGCAACUACCAGAAUCUUUUGGUAACCUUGGGCAAUUGACAAGAAUAGAGCUCGCACGUUGCAAUUUCAGUGGACCAAUACCUGAAUCGAUGCUACAACUUACACAGCUUGUCUAUCUGGAUUUUUCAACCAACAAAUUUUCUGGUCCAAUGCCAUCGUUCUCAUCAUCAAGAAAUCUCACACAGCUAAACCUUGCUUUUAAUCAGCUAAAUGGCACAAUUCGUUCCACGGAGUGGUCAGGCCUUUCUAAGCUAGUAAGUGUUGACUUACGAAACAACAAGUUAAGAGGAACCAUUCCACCAACUUUGUUUGCCGUUCCAUCACUGCGGAAAAUUUUCCUUUCCCAAAAUCAAUUCAGUGGUAGCCUUGGUGACCUCCUUGGUAAGGCCUCUUUACUGCUUGAUACCCUUGAUAUAAGCAGCAACAAUUUACAAGGGCAAUUUCCAAUGUCUGUAUUUGAACUUCAAGGUAUUAAGAUCCUGACACUUUCUUCUAACAACUUCAGUGGCUUCAUAAAAUGGUAUGACAUUCAAAAGUUGAGGAAUCUUUCCAAUCUUGAUCUGUCAUAUAACGACUUGUCUAUUGAUGCAAGUCCUACUAAUUUUGCUUUGUCUUCCUUUCCCAACAUUACCACAUUAAAGCUGGCUUCCUGCAACUUGACCAAAUUCCCUGCUUUCUUGAAAACUCAAGCCAAGUUAAACCAUCUAGACCUUUCAAAAAACCAGAUUGUGGGGGAAAUACCAAAUUGGAUUUGGGAAAUUAAAAGCCUUGCUUACUUGAAUCUUUCUCAGAAUUUUCUUGCAAAAUUUGAAGGACCUUUGCAGUAUAUUUCUUCUUCUCUAAUUGUUGUUGACCUUCAUGCCAACCAGCUCCGAGGGAAAAUACCAAGUUUUCCACCAUAUGCCACCUAUCUGGAUUACUCAAACAAUAAUCUCAGCUCUCUUUUGCCACCUGAGAUUGGUGACUCCCUCCAGUUUGCAAUUUUCUUCUCCCUCUCAGGUAAUAACUUUAUUGGGAGUAUCCCCGGGUCGCUAUGCAAUAGUUCAUAUCUUCAAGUACUUGAUCUAUCUAAUAAUUCCCUGAGUGGGCCAAUUCCUCAAUGCUUGACUCAGAUGAGUGUGUCUCUUGGAGUACUGAAUCUAAGGCGAAACAAUCUCAGUGGCAUCAUUUCUGACACAUUUCCAGAAAACUGUCGAUUACAAACCCUAGAUCUCAAUCGAAACCAAGUGGAAGGAGAGGUUCCGCAAUCAUUGGCCAAUUGUAAAAAGCUGGAGGUUUUAGAUAUUGGCAACAAUCAGAUCAACGGCAUGUUCCCAUGCCAUUUGAAGAAUAUAACCAAGUUGCGUGUCCUUGUUUUACGAUCCAACAAAUUCAAUGGUAACAUUCAUUGUCCUGGGAACAAUAGUGCCUGGCCAAUGCUUCAGAUUGUCGACGUAGCAUCCAACAAUUUUAGUGGCAAACUGCAUCAAACAUGUUUGGCGACCUGGGAGGCUAUGCAGGCUGUCGAAAAUGAAGCCCAAUCAAAGCUCAAACAUCUUCAGUUUAAAUUCCUAAAACUCAAUCCAUAUUACUAUCAGGACUCAAUAAAAAUUACCAUGAAAGGUUUAGAGUUUGAGCUGCAGAAGAUCCUAACCGUGUUUACCUCUAUUGACAUUUCAUGCAACAACUUUGAAGGGCCAAUACCAGAAGUGAUCUCAACAUUCAAUGCACUUUAUGUCCUUAACUUUUCACAUAACGCUUUUGCAGGGACAAUCCCAUCAUUUUUAGGAAACCUGCGACAGCUUGAGUCCUUGGACCUCUCAAGUAAUAACUUAGAUGGUGGGAUCCCUUUCCAGCUAGUAAACCUCAAUUUCCUUUCAUUCCUUAACGUCUCAAACAAUAAGCUAGUGGGACGGAUCCCAACGAGCACCCAGCUUCAAUCAUUUUCAGAAGCUUCAUUUGAGAACAACACAGGAUUGUGUGGGCCUCCUCUAAGUGUACCGUGUCAAAAUGCACCAAAUAUACCAGAAUUUCGAUCAACGGAUGGAUUUGAUUGGCAGACCAUAUUCAUUGGGGUGGGCUUUGGUGUAGGUGCAGCAGCAUUUGUUGCACCCUUAAUAUUUUGGAAGAGUGCAAGUAAAUGGGUCAAUGAUAAUGUCGAUAAAAUCCUUGCGGUGAUCCUUCCAAAGGUGGGUCUGAUUUACACACGUCCUGAUGAUGCAAAGUUUGAGGCAGAAGAAAAUCUUGAAGGAGACAACACAGAAAAUGACGAUGAAGCAGAAGAAAGCAAGGCAAAAGAGGCAAAAGGUGAAGAAUUUCGUGGGAGAUACUGUGUGUUUUGCUCCAAACUUGACAAAACUAGGAAGAAGGUAAUUCAUGACCUAUGUUGCACCUGCUAUGAUUCACCAUCUUUAUCUCCUUCUUCUUCCACAUCUUCUUCCUUUUCUCCUCAGACCCUUCACUUGUUUUUUGGUUUAGUUUGUAUGUUUUGUAUAUAGAUAAGGAAAGAAUCAAUUCUGGAAAUGGGGUGAUAAGAAAUGAACAUGUAACUCCGGAUCCUCAAUAAAUAAUUCAAAGCAACUUUUCCUCUCAAUAGACUCAGUCAGAGGCUCUAUCUGCCUGUUGCUAAACUUCCCUCACAAGCAAAUACACGAUAUGACAAGAACAAUAAUUUUCGUUCAGGAAUUUCGCCGAACACUUGAAGACUCGUAGAUGCUAAAACUAGUCAUGAAAUUUAAGCACAAUCUGAGAGUACAAUAACACUUAGAUUUUAGGAAUUAGGAUGUGCCUAUUGCCAUUCUCUUGAUGUGCAUAUAUCAACGGCCUUGAAUCAGUGUGUGGGUCUAAAAAACAGUGUCCUCGUUCCCUCUGUUGUUGAUCGGCCGGACAUUUCCCCUUCAUGAGUUGAUCGACGGAAUGUUGGGGCAUUCCAUGUUCUAAAUUAGCUAGAGCUCUGGAGCCCAUUUAUUAGUUAGUAUGUUCUCUUUUAUAAAGAGAACAAAUCAAGGACAUUGUCAAGAACAUGUGGCAUGGGCUGAGUUGGACUGCAGGAGAUACAGUUAACAAAUGACUUUUGUAUUGGUCGAAAUCUUAAUAUAACUAUAGUAUAAAAGGCUGCUAUUAGAAUAUUAUUCUUUGAUAUCUUAUAAAGAUGAUGAAAUAAUUGUAUUUUAACAGAUUUUCUGGUAGUUUUGAAUAAAUAAAAUUAAAGCUUGUAAAGAAAAAAAAGUUCUGUAUCUGGAGCUUCAUGCAUUUCUCUAUGCAAUAUUUGUUUUCUAUUUCUUUUCUUGUACUGGUCACUAUGGUUAAAUAUUAGUAUACCUUAGAUAUCUCGCUAAUUACUAUAUCAAAUCUUAGUUUAAUUUGAAUUUAUUAUUAGGUUUCGUCAAAUAAAGCUAUCCUUGCAUUUCGAACCAAGGUUUCACUUUAGUAUAAUUCAAGUUAGUAAAUUUCAACAAAUUUUUUAAAUGGAUUUUAACAUGAUGAAAAGAUUUAGCCAUUUUUUACAUAGAUCAAGCGAAUACUAUGUAUCUUUUCAAAACCA